GGGACGAAUGCACACGCUGCUACGCAUCGCCAGCUGCAGGGCCACCUGAUCACCCAAAAGACAACACAACACAACACAACACACCAAUCAAGCCAAGCCCGUGUUGGUGCAGGAGUGAAUGACGGGCGCGCCUCAGGUACCUACCUUGCUGCUGCAGCACUCGUACUAUCUCCCUAACGGCAGCGAGCCUCCUCUCCUCACGCUCUAUCUGCAGCUUCUUGCGGUCCGCCACAGGCCCGAUCCGUGUGCCUGGCGGCUGGCGUCUGUCACACCCUGGGCGCUCCAACUCACAGUGCAGGAAGCCGAUACGACCUGAAUCAAUCGGACAUACACAUACGCGCACAGGCCAUCCAUCCAUCCACUCUUUCUCCGGUGGGGUGCGUACGUGAGAUGUCGUCCCUGGCGUCGUCCAGUCUGUCGAUGACCGUCUGCCACCACGCAGCGGGCAUCUCCCCCAUCAGCUUCUGCACCUUCCCCGCCCCCUGACCCGCCCCCUGGCCCGUACACCCCUCCAUCACGGUCUCAUACACCACCCACCCCACCACCUUGUUCUUGAUGGCCUUGUCGUUCUUCAAGGCCGGCUUCUCGCGCAGGACCAAGGCCAACACGCCGGCCAGGUGCAGGGCCUCACUCCCGCCGCCGAUUGUGGGGUGAGAGGGGGGAGGGGCAGGCUGUGAGGGGGGACGGGCAGGCUGUGAUGCGUACGUGUGGGCCGGCAGGCUGGGAAACUCGGUGGGGUAUCCAUCAUCAGCAACGUCAAGGGGGGAGCGGGGAGUGGGAGUGGGGGAGGGGAGUGGGGAGUCGGGGAAGUGGGGGGGAGUGGGGACUAUGGGGAGGGCCUUGCUUGGGGGGCCAAGAGGAGGUGAGUCGAAGUGCUCCAUGAUGCGGUUGAACAGCAAGUCGGCGUAGUUGUCCAUCCCGAGGUAGUUACAGGCGACCCACAGGUGCAGCAGGCCCGUCUUGGCCGCCUCGUCGUCCGACUGGUCCGCCGCCGGCAGCGGGGUGGCUCCGGGGAGGCUGCGGAUGUGCUCGUUGAGCUUGCGGCCAUCGGUCAUGCCGCGCAAAAAGGCGAAAUUGAUGAGCUCGCCGAACGUGUUGGGGUGAAUGUUGGGCAGCGUGAUCGUGUGGGUCUCCCGCUCAGUGCAGUUCAUAUGGCCCUCCAACAUGCGCUUGAAAAACGGCGACAUGCUCACGAGCAGCGACUUCUUCUCGUAGAAGACCUCCUUCUUGAGGCCGACAAUGAGCUUCACCAAGACCUCCUCCUUGUGCGCCAUCCUGAGGCUGGGCGGCUACUCCGUCAGAUGGUGCAAACCUGCAGGCAGACACCAACCACAGCAGCAACGACAUCUAUGGAACGACAUCCAUGCAUCCAUCCAACGUCACGCAUUCGUUGCUCACCCUUGGCGAGAUGUCGCCGUCGUGGUUCGAUAUCAGCAGCAGUGCUGUGCUCGCUGCUGCCAGCUGUAUGGCUCGGCUUACAGCAGAGAGGGGCACAUGAGCGAUGGCAGGUGGCGCAACGUCGUCAAAACAGAGGCUGGGCGGCUGGUUGACUCAUCAGAAGCCGCCAAAACACCUUCCUGCGCCUGCCAGCUACUAUCACCGGUCCCCGACCGGC